AUGAGGAACCCCUCACUGUUUAGGCCUGCGACGGCUGGCUUGUCGACAGCCCUCUGCUUGGGCUCUCUACUGCAACUGUCCCCCGCCUCGGGACUAUCAUUUACACCGGUCGCACAACCCGACUUGCAACUGGAACCUCUAGGACGGGUCGCCCUUACCGGAGAUUUCGAUGCGGUCUCGUUUUACUCGUAUAAGGAACAGUCGGAGACGGCCUCAGUGAAGAAUGGCGCCCAAUCCAUCCUGACGCCGCUCCCAGAUGGCAUCCUAACGACGCUGUCGACCUCCGAUGCUUAUAUUCGUGCAAUGUGCCCGUUCACGCAAAAAGAUGGAAAGUACGCGGGAAUUUUUGUCGGCGGAAAUUUUACAAGCCUCGGAGGCGUGGAAACCCAAGGCGCAGCGUUGUUCGACCCCGAGACGAAGAAAGUGACGGCUUUACCCGGCCUGUCGGGAUCUGUUUCCGCGGUACUGUGCGACAAGGAUACGAACAGCGUGUAUGUUGGCGGGGAUUUCAAAUACGAAAAUACGUCGAAUGCCGUGGCGUGGGUUGGCAAUGAAGGUUGGAGGAGCUUGGUCUUCGGUGGAUUCAAUGGUCCCGUUACCUCGAUCUUGAAGAACGAUAAUCAUAUUAUCUUCGGUGGCUCGUUCGACGGCAUUGGCAACUCGACAUCGUCCAAGAAAAACCAGCAGAUUGUCAACCUCCAGGACGCUACAAUCUCCUCCGACGCGGUUUCCAGCAGAAGUGGCUAUAGUGAUCCUCGAAACAUUAUCUGCCAGACGAGCGGGGAAGAUGGCGAAGGGAAAACAUGGCUGUUGGAGGACAACUCCCCCGGUUUCUGGCGUGCCGACAUGCGCUUCGGAUACAACCCCACAAAGAUCCGCAUCUACAACACCCACUUAGAGGGGAGAGGCACCAAGACCUUUUUGCUGAGAAGACUACCGGAUAAUGGCAUUAUGAACCUGACCUAUACUGACCCUGAUACUGCGAAUGACGUCUACUGCGACCAGGAUUGUUCACUCUCUGAUAGCACAGCUGAGAAAUAUCGCGAGUUUGAAUUUGUGAAUAGUGUUGGCAUGAAGGGAUUCCAGUUAGAAAUUAAGUCCUGGUAUGGAGAUGGCGCUGGCCUCAAUGGAAUCCAGCUUGUGCAGAACGAUAUUUUCGCUUAUGCGAUCAAUGAUUUCAAUGAACCUACAUGUGCUGACCUCAAAUACCCAUCCAAGGCGACACAGACAGGUUCUUGGACGACGACCGAAUCGGGUCAGAGCCAAUCUGACUAUUUGACGGCGAGUAUCACCGACUCCACUGCGUCUGAUACUUCUAUUGUCUUCGAACCGGAUGUCAAACAGUCCGGAAAUUAUUCUGUGGUUGUUUACACUCCUGGAUGCACCCAGGACGGCACUUGCGGCUCGCGAGGUGUGGUCAACGUAACCGCCACCGUCAAGAGUAACAGUAAAUCGGCAGAGCCUAUCCAAAAGACGAUCCACCAGACAAACUUGAACGACAAAUAUGACACCCUCUACACUGGUCCUGGUGAUGUAACCAUUGUUGCCUCCAGGGUCAGGUUUGCGCUUAUCCGGGCAUCAGAGGGGCUAGAUGGAGAAUUGAACGGCCUGUAUGACUUUGAUGUCGCCGCGAAAACCACCAGUUCCAAUUUUACCGAGUCUGCAGUCAAUCGAGCUGGGCUCCAGCUGGACGAGGAUGCCACCGUAAGAAGCUUGGCUACCCACGAUGGCGUGAUAUAUGCUGGUGGAAACUUCUCAAGCUCGGGGAUCAAGAACAUCCUGUCCCUAAAGGAUGAGGCAAACGCGACAGCCCUACAGCAAGGUGGUUUGAACUCGGAAGUGUCUUCGAUGACGGUAUUGGAUGAUAUUCUAUAUGUUGGUGGCAAUUUCACCGAUACUUCUGACCGUAGCAAUAGCGAUUUGAAACAUGUCGCAGCUUAUUCUUUUGGCUCGAAAAGUUGGAUAGCGCUGGGAGGAGGUGUCAAUGGGCCUGUACACAAGGUCGUUCCGCUUACGCUCAACGUCUCUACGGAGAUCAACGAAACGACCAUCGGUGUGACUGGCGAUUUCAAUCAGUUGCUCGCCUUCGAUGACAAUACAUUGGUUAACGUUACCGGCUUCGCAGUCUGGGUUCCGUCAAAGAAGAAUUGGCUACAGAAUCUGAAUGUCACCCAGAUGGCUUUCGCUGGUCAGUUGUCGGCUUGCACCAAGGUGGAUAACACCACUGUUAUUGCCGGGACUCUCUCCUCCGCCGGAAUUGCCGCGGCAGGUGCUGCGGCCCUCCUCCAUGACGGUCCGCUGAGCAUCAAGCCGCUCUUCGCCAGUGCCAACUUCACCGGCGAAACCUACACUGGGAUUUAUGACACGCAGUCCAACCGCAACCUCACCAUUGUAGGUGGUCACUUUACAACCACUGGCGGCGACGGAUCUUCGGUGAAGAAUCUUGCCCUGCUCGACGGUAAGGCGGGCACCAUCAAGGGUCUGGGAACCGACAUUGACAGCAACUCCACGUUCUUGGCCUUGACUACCUGGAAGGACAAGCUGUACGCUGGCGGAAAUGUCACUGGCACUUUCGAAGACUAUAUCUUGAAUGGGUUUGUCGUAUACGACCUCGAGAAUGGGACCAUUGCUCGGAAACAGCCACCACGAUUCACAGGCGAUGCAGCGACCGUCAAUUCUAUCGCCGCUCGUCCUGACUCGGAUGAGAUCUAUUUCGGAGGCCAGUUCGAGAAGGCCGGAGCGCUUCCUUGCCCGGGGGUCUGCUUCUGGGAUGCUAAUGACCAGCAGUGGAACAGACCUGGUGUAUUAUCGGGUAACGUUUUGGCACUGAAGUGGAUAUCCAAUAAGAAACUGCUGGCAAUCGGCAAUCUCACCGUCGGGGGAAAUGUGUCCGCGCUCGCGACGUACACCCCCAAGAAGCAGACCUGGGAAUCUUGGACCACUGCAUCUGAUCUUCCGGGAACCGUGACUGCUUUCACCCCUGCUAGUGUGGACGUGUCCACGUUCUGGCUCGCAGGAUUUUCCCAGAACGGCUCCAGCUACCUUGCUAACUACGACGGAUCAAAAUUCCAAUAUCCUGGGGAUCUCUUUGACUCUGGUACCACUAUUCGUAACCUUGAAGUGCUCUCCCUCAGCAAGGAUCAUUCCGGAGUCGACGUUCUACACAAAGACCAGGUUCUCCUGGUCACCGGCCAGCUGGUGAUUCCUAACUUUGGGAAUGCAUCCGCAGCACUCUUCAAUGGAACCGAGUUGACCCCAUUCAUGCUUAGCUCGAAUGCGGAUGGCCAACCGGGCCACAUGGCUCAACUGUUCUACGAGAACGAUAACCCUUACAGCAGCGAAGUUGGGAACCAUCGCUCCAACGGGAUUGUAGUCUUAAUCUCAUUCUGCUGUGCACUUGGCGCUGUGUUCUUGAUCGUCAUUGCCGGGGUGAUCUUCAAUAAGAUCCAGCGGCGCCGCCAGGGCUACAUGCCGGGGCCGCAGGCAUACGGGACCGAUCGGCCCUCCAGCAUGCAGCGGUUGCCUCCGGAGUAUCUGUUCAGCACUCUGAAGUCACCGAACCCGGGCACCCCGGCGAUCUGAACGCUUUGAGUACCGAUACGUCCACCACAUCACAUCUAAAUUGGACCUCUUUUUGAUCACUCAGACCGGCGUUCUUGGGCAGAAAACCGUCUUAUACCCGUAAUUUAAUCCGUUUUAUGUUUUGCAUCUCUACUUUUUCAUUCUCCCCGGGCCUAUCCCGGGUGGUACGCUGUUCACUUCUUUUGCCUUGAGGUGCUUCGACAUCCUCUCGUGUUUGAUCUACCUGGGACUUGUCUAUAUAAUCCUAGGUCGGCCGCGUCAUUUCUUUCAUGAAACCUUUGUUGUUGAUGUUUGUACUAUAGUCUUUCCCUG